GAGGGAACAAUAGAUUUACAUCUCUCUGUUCGGUGUCAGCUUAAGAAGAAAGCUCAGUUUCGGAUGUUCCUCUGUUAUUAAUAAAUGCAUCUUUUAGGUCUUGGUAAUUAUUAACAACUACCCGUGGCAGCGAAGUCUUGGACUUUUGCAAAGACUCCAUGAGCCUUAUUUUGGUUUGACAAUAUAUUGUGGAACAUUUGACAGAAAAGAAUUGGACGAAAAAGGUUAUCCACCAACUAAGGAAGCAUUUAGCUUCGUCAACGUGCAUCCAGAAGAAUUAGUGCGUGGUGUAUAUCUGUACUUUUGCCUAACGAAGGUAGCAGAGAUGAGAUUGCGUAAUGUUAGAGGAUACUUUGUCAGCGCUGAUGAUCUAGUCUUCAACUUCUGGCAUGAAAUAGAUUUGGAUCUACCUUAUCAUCAAAUUGGCUUUAGGAAACGUAAGGACAUAUGCUGGUACAAUGGAACAUCGGGUUCGUUAUUCAAUAAAAAAUUUGCUUUACCAUGA